AUGAAUCAUAUAAAGGACUUGAAAAGUGAAGAAGAAAUUGAAAGGGAUAAAAUGAACAGGUUAAUGAAAGAAGUAAAUGAACUGCUGGAGAAAAUUACAAAACUCGAUACAAAAAUAAACGAACAUCAAAAAUGCAAGUCUGACAUAGAAAGAGAAAUAGUACUCCAAAAACAAAUGAUUGAUGAUAAAAUAUUACUUGAGAAGGAAUGUGAAGAUGAUAGUAUGGUGAUAUUUUCAACUUAA